GCUGCGCUGGCCCGCCGCCCGCGCCCCCCCGGCCCGGGGCCCGCCCCCCGCGGCGCGCCACUUCCGCGUGCAUGGCCCUGCUGCCCCGGGUCUGCAGCGCGAGCUGGCGGCGGGCGGCGCGCGCCAUCCCCGACCUCCCGCUGCCCGCGGCCGCCGGCGUCCCGCGCGCCCUGUCCAGCGCCAUGGCUGGCACGCAGGAGCCGCAGCCGCACUGCCCGCCGCCCGCCGCCGCCUGCUACGACUACCUGGUGAUCGGGGGCGGCUCGGGCGGGCUGGCCAGCGCGCGCAGGGCGGCAGAGCUCGGCGCCAGGGCCGCCCUGGUGGAGAGCCACAAGCUGGGUGGCACUUGCGUAAAUGUCGGAUGUGUACCCAAAAAGGUAAUGUGGAAUACAGCUGUCCACUCUGAAUUCAUGCACGAUCACGUUGAUUAUGGUUUUCAAAGUUGUGAGGGUAAAUUCAACUGGCGUGUCAUUAAGGAAAAGCGGGAUGCCUAUGUGAGCCGCCUGAACACCAUAUAUCAAAACAACCUAACCAAGUCCAAUAUAGAAUUCAUCCACGGCCAUGCAGCGUUCACUAGUGAUCCCCAGCCCACAGUAGAAGUCAAUGGGAAAAAAUACACGGCGCCUCACAUCCUGAUCGCCACAGGUGGUGUGCCCUCCAUUCCCCACGAGAGCCAGAUCCCUGGUGCCAGCCUUGGAAUAACCAGUGAUGGAUUUUUUCAACUAGAAGAAUUGCCUGGCCGCAGUGUCAUCGUUGGUGCAGGUUACAUUGCUGUGGAGAUAGCUGGGAUCCUCUCGGCCCUGGGUUCUAAGACAUCACUGAUGAUACGGCAGGAUAAGGUACUUAGAAGUUUUGAUUCCAUAAUCAGCACCAACUGCACGGAAGAGCUGGAGAAUGCUGGCGUGGAGGUGCUAAAGUUCUCCCAGGUUAAGGAAGUUAAAAAGACUUCAUCGGGCUUGGAACUUCUCAUGGUUACUUCCGUCCCUGGUAGGAAACCCACCAUGACCACGAUUCCAGAUGUUGACUGCCUGCUCUGGGCCAUUGGGCGGGACCCAAACUCCAGGGGUUUGAAUUUAAACAAAGUGGGGAUUCAAACCGAUGACAAAGGUCACAUCAUAGUGGAUGAAUUCCAGAAUACCAACGUAAAGGGCGUCUACGCAGUUGGGGAUGUGUGUGGAAAAGCUCUCCUUACUCCAGUUGCAAUAGCUGCUGGCCGAAAACUUGCCCAUCGACUUUUUGAAUGCAAAGAGGAUUCCAAAUUGGACUAUGACAACAUCCCAACCGUAGUCUUCAGUCACCCUCCUAUUGGCACAGUGGGACUCACAGAAGAUGAGGCCAUUCGUAAAUAUGGGAAAGAAAAUGUGAAGACCUAUUCCACCACCUUUACUCCAAUGUAUCAUGCAGUUACCAAAAGGAAAACAAAAUGUGUGAUGAAAAUGGUCUGUGCCAACAAAGAGGAAAAGGUGGUUGGAAUCCAUAUGCAAGGAAUUGGAUGUGAUGAGAUGCUGCAGGGUUUUGCUGUCGCAGUGAAAAUGGGAGCAACGAAAGCCGACUUUGACAACACGGUCGCCAUUCACCCUACCUCUUCAGAAGAGCUGGUCACUCUCCGUUAGGGACCCAGGCUUGGGCGGCUGGCAGCUGGACUCGUAGACUCUCCGAAUCAAACCAAAUACGUUUAUUUCCUGUUCCAG